AUGCUUUCAAUUGGGUCUCUCUACCUCUCCCUCAAAAGCCCUCCAAAACCUCUAAAACCCCCAAAAAUCCCAAAACCCAUUUGCAAGCUUUAUGUAACAAAAGCAAUGGCAGGAUCAAAAUUCACUAAAGUUUCAAGCUUUGAGUUUAGGGACUUGAUGGAGACUUUUGUAGUGGAUGUUAAGAGGGCAGAAAAUAGGCCAUUGAAUGUGCCAUUGAUUGCACCUUUUACAAUAGCCUCAUCAAGGCUUGAUAAAGUAGAAAAUGUUGCAGUUAGGAUUGAAUUGAGUGAUGGUAGUGUGGGGUGGGGUGAGGCACCGAUACUGCCAUUUGUUACUGCAGAGGAUCAGUCCACUGCUAUGGUUAAGGCUAGCGAGGCUUGCGAGUUGCUGAAGAACAGUCCAUCGUUGACGUUGGGCUCGGUUUUGGAGAGAAUUUCUGAGAUUCUUCCCGGACAUGAGUUUGCUUCUGUUAGAGCAGGAGUCGAGAUGGCAUUGAUUGAUGCAGUGGCUAAAAGCAUUGGUGUACCUUUAUGGAGUUUAUUUGGUGGAGCUUCUGAUAGCAUAACCACUGAUAUAACAAUUCCAAUCGUAUCUCCAGCAGAAGCUGCUGAAUUGGCUUCGAAGUAUCGAAAACAAGGAUUCAAAACUUUAAAGUUGAAGGUGGGAAAGAACCUGAGGGAGGACAUAGAAGUUCUUCAAGCUAUACGUUCGGUCCAUCCUGAUUGCUUAUUUAUCUUGGAUGCUAAUGAGGGUUAUAAACCUGAGGAAGCUAUUGAAGUUCUUGAAAAAUUGCAUGAAAUGGGAGUAACUCCCAUUCUUUUUGAACAACCAGUUCACAGAGAUGAUUGGGAAGGUCUUGGUCAUGUUACUCAUGUCGCGAAAGGCAAAUAUGGGGUUUCUGUUGCAGCAGAUGAGAGUUGUCGUAGUUUAGUUGAUGCAAAGAGAAUAAUAACAGGAAAUCUUGCAGAUGUCAUUAACAUUAAGCUUGCCAAAGUUGGUGUUGUUGGGGGACUUGAAAUUAUUGAGGAGGCAAGGACGUCAGGAUUGGAUCUGAUGAUUGGUGGAAUGGUUGAGACCAGACUAGCCAUGGGCUUUGCUGGUCAUCUUGCUGCUGGCUUUGGCUGUUUCAAGUUUGUUGACCUGGAUACACCCCUUUUACUGUCAGAAGAUCCUGUCCUUGAGGGUUAUGAAGUAUCGGGUGCUGUUUACAAAUUCACUGAUGCUCAAGGGCAUGCUGGUGUCCUUGAUUGGGACAAUGUUUUAUGGUAA